AUGAAGACAUCCAGGGUGUGGGCUUGGAGGGCACCGGCAGAGCUGUUUCUUCUCUGUGCUGCCCUGGCAUGUCUCAGUUUGCCGGGUUCCAGGGGUGAAAGGCCACCCUCUCUUGAGUCAAAUGCAGUCAACGAGAGCCUUGCCAAGACUAGACAGACGCGGAGUGUGGAUGUCACCUCAAUGCCUAUUGAUUGCGAACUGUCCAGCUGGUCCUCCUGGACCAUAUGUGAUCCCUGUCAGAAGAAAAGGUACAGACAUGCCUACUUGCUCCAGCCCUCUCAGUUCCAUGGGGAACCGUGCAGCUUCUCUGACAAGGAAGUUGAAGACUGUGUUUCCAACAGACCGUGCAGAAGUCAAGUGCGAUGUGAAGGCUUUGUGUGUGCGCAGACAGGGAGGUGUGUGAACCGCAGACUUCUUUGCAACGGGGAUAACGACUGUGGAGACCAGUCAGAUGAGGGGAACUGCAGAAGGAUUUAUAAAAAAUGUCAGCAGGAAAUGGACCAGUACUGGGCCAUUGGCAGCCUGGCCAGUGGGAUAAAUUUGUUCACAAACAACUUGGAGGGCCCAGUUCUCGAUCACAGGUACUACGCCGGUGCGUGCUCCCCCCAUUACAUACUCAACACGAGGUUUCGGAAGCCAUACAAUGUGGAAAGCUUCACCCCACAGACCCAAGGCAAAUAUGAAUUUGCACUGACAGAAUAUGAAUCAUACUCAGAUUUCGAACAUAAUGUCACAAGUACAACAAUUAGCAAGUCUAGUUUCAGCUUUGGUUUUAAAAUAACUGGGAUAUUUGAACUUGGCAUUAGCAGUACAAGCGGUAACGGCAAACAUUUUAUUAGCAGGACCAAACGAUUCUCUCAUACGAAAAGUGCAUUUCUGCAUGCACGCUCUGACCUUGAAGUAGCACGUUACAAGCUGAAACCCAGAAACCUCAUGCUGCAUUACGAAUUCCUUCAGAGAGUCAAGCGGCUGCCCCUGGAGUACAGCUACGGGGAGUACAGAGAUCUCUUUCGUGAUUUCGGGACCCACUACAUCACAGAGGCCGUGCUCGGGGGCAUUUAUGAAUACACACUUAUCAUGAACAAAGAGGCCAUGGAGAGAUCAGAUUAUUCUCUUAAGGAUGUCCAGGCCUGUGCCAAAUAUGAUUUUAAAUUUGGAGUUGCCAUAGAAGAGGUCUACGUCAAGCUGGGUGUGUCGGUUGGCAAGUGCAAGGGCAUUCUCAAUGAGAUAAAAGACAGAAACAAGAGAAACACCAUGGUGGAUGACUUGGUUGUCCUUGUGCGAGGAGGGGCAAGUGAGUACAUCACUGCCCUGGCAUACAAGGAGCUACCGACAGCAGAACUGAUGCAGGAAUGGGGAGAGGCGGUGCAGUACAACCCGGACAUCGUCAAAAUUAAGGCAGAGCCUCUGUACGAACUGGUGACAGCCACGGACUUCGCCUAUUCCAGCACAGUGAGGCAGAACAUGAAGCAGGCCCUGGAGGAGUUUCAGAAGGAAGUCAGCUCCUGCCAAUGCGCUCCCUGCCAGGGGAACGGAGUCCCUGUCCUGAAAGGAUCACGCUGUGACUGCAUCUGUCCUGCUGGAUUCCAAGGCCCUGCCUGUGAGAUCACCAAUCGGAAAAAUGUCCCCAUUGAUGGGAAGUGGAAUUGCUGGUCAAACUGGUCUCCGUGUUCUGGAGGACAUAAAACAAGACAAAGGCAGUGCAACAAUCCACCUCCUCAAAAUAGGGGCAGCCCCUGCUUGGGCCCUGCUUCCGAAACACUUAACUGUUAAGGAGGGGAAAGCAUCUAGCAGGUGACGCUACUGUGGGCUGCACACGGCAAGGAAUCAGGCCAG